ACGAUUCUCAAUAUGCAGCAUAUCGUUCUUCAAAUCCCUUCUUCCCUUUCUUUCUCUCCUGUUGUAUUCUCUGCAUUCUGAGGGGGAAUAUAUACAUAUAUAUAUAUAUGUGUGUGUGUGUACAUAGAGAGAGAGAGAGUCUGUAAAAUUGGGAAGUGAAUCUUGGGAGAGAGAGAGAGAGAGAGAGAGAUGGGGAUAUAUUCACUGGUGACAGGGAGGCGAGGAGCAAGUGGAUUUGGAUCUGCUUCCACCGCCGAAGAAGUCACCCAAGGGAUUGAUGCCUCUCAUCUCACAGCCAUCAUCACAGGGGGAUCGGGAGGAAUAGGGUUGGAGACGGCGAGAGUGUUGGCGAAGAGAGGAGCACGUGUCAUAAUUGGAGCCAGGAACAUGGGAGCUGCAGAAGCCGCCAAGACGGAGAUUCUGAAACACAACUCCUCCGCACGUGUCCAUGUCCUCAAGCUCGAUCUCUCUUCCCUUGCUUCCAUCACUUCUUUUGUCCGCGACUUCGAUUCUCUCUCCCUCCCUCUCCACCUCCUCAUAAACAACGCGGGGAUAAUGUUCUGCCCGUUCCAGCUCUCUCAAGAUGGAAUAGAACUGCAAUUUGCUACAAACCACAUUGGUCACUUUCUAGUGACAAACUUGCUUAUGGAGAAAAUGAAGACGACAGCGAAAGAGAGUGGCAUUGAAGGAAGAAUUGUGAAUCUCUCAUCCAUUGCGCACAUAUACACUUACCCCGACGGUAUCUGCUUCGACAAUAUUAACGAUAUUUCUCGCUACUCGGAUAAAAGAGCCUACGGACAGUCCAAAUUGGCUAACAUACUGCACGCCAAUGAGCUCUCUCGUCAACUUCAGGAAGAGGGAGUGAACAUCACAGUGAACUCGGUGCACCCAGGCCUCAUCCUCACCAAUCUCUUCCAACACACGGCCCUUUUGAUGUGGUUCCUAAAGUUCUUCAGCUUCUUCUUGUGGAAGACUGUACCCCAGGGGGCAGCGACGACAUGUUAUGUGGCAUUGCAUCCAAGUCUGAAGGGAGUGACCGGAAAGUACUUUGCAGAUUGCAAUGAAGUCACUCCCAGCAAAUUAGCAAGAGAUGAAUCUCUGGCCCAUAAGCUUUGGGAUUUCAGCCUCAAGCUUGUCAACUCAGUUUCCGACAAGAAUCUCCACUGUCCCCCAGUUUCCAAAUCUGUUUAAAACAGUCUGUAACCUCUUGUUUUCCCUUAUCUGAUGAUUUGCUACGUAUCUUUGUUCCCCACAAACCCAAAUUGCAUGACAUUUGUAAUAGAUGUGAACAGAAGAACAUCUUCACUAGUUGAGUUUCAAUUCAAACAUACAUUGUUCAACAACA